CCAACAUCGCCCUUCUCCCCAUCAAAUCCUGCAGACUUCUCCGCCCCCGCCGCCGGCCUCUCCGCCGCCCCCGCCGCAUCUUCACCUGCGGCCUUCUUUCCCUCUCCUCCCCUCCCUACUCCUCGCUGGCGGCGAGGACUGCUGUGAGAAAGGGCUGGAGGCUUGGAAGAAGGAGCGGAGGAGCAGCGGCGGAGUGGAAGGACGGUGAGGGGCGAAGAAGCGAAGAGAGAGAGACGGCCGACGGUUCCUAAGGGAACUCAGCAAUGGCGUCUACUCUGGGUGCUGUGUUCUUGUCGCCGCGACAGGCCCCAGCCCUAAUAUUUCUCUCCCAAACCCGGCAGAUGGACCAGUCCUCGCUUCUCUCCUUUCUUCCCCCAGUUCCUCCUCGGAGCUCUCGUUUCCCUCUCGGCUCUUGGCGAUGGAAGCUGUCAGCAGCUCCCAAGGACGUCUUUCCAGUGAUAAAGAAAUGGAAGCUAGGUCGUGUGGCAUGCUUUAUGCGUGAAGAAGAAGAAGCCUCUUCCAUCAAUGGCAGUUUUGAGUUCAUGGACAGCAAGCAAAUUGAAGACUUGGGAAAGGCUAAGUUGGAUCAAUCAAGUGCGAAGAACAAGGACUGGACCUCAAAAAUUAGAAAGGUAGCAGAUAGAAUGUUCACUUUACAUGGUGAUCCUUGGAUGGUACCAUGGACAGCAGAAACUAUUGUCCAGGUCAUGCUCCUUUGGAUUGCAUCCUUCUGGCUUGUUGGAUCUUGGAUAAUUCCAUUUUUGGCUCAUGCUGCUGGUUUCAGCAAGGAAUCUUUUACUCACAGAGGUCAAGCCCUAUACAGCCUCCUUACUGACAUUGCUGAAGGCCUAGCUGGGAUUGCGAUCCUUCACCGAUGCCUUGCUAGAUUCCAACCCCUUCCAUCUGGUUGGUUCCGUUUUAGCCUCAAAGGUAACUGGCACUUUGAUGUAGGCUUGGGAUGCCUGCUCUUUCCAUUGGUCAAUCUCCUAUCUCAGAUAAACAUCAGCCUGGUUCCAGUUCUCCCUGCCCCGCCUGUGGGGAUCUCUAGUGUGGAGCAAUCGAUUGUGGCUCGCGAUCCUGUGGCCAUGGCUCUGUAUGCAGUGGUGGUCUCAGUGUGUGCCCCAAUCUGGGAAGAGAUUGUGUUCCGUGGCUUUCUUCUCCCCUCACUGACCAGGUACAUGCCACUCUGGUGGGCUAUUAUCGUGAGUGCAUUUGUUUUUGCACUAGCGCACUUCAAUGUGCAGAGGUUGUUGCCACUUGUGUUCCUUGGAGUGGUAAUGGGCGUUGUGUUCGCAAAAUCCCGGAACUUACUAGCUUCAAUGCUCUUGCAUAGCCUGUGGAACGGCUUUGUCUUCUUGGAUCUCAUGAAAUGACGAAACCAUGUUUGUACUAUUAUUUGUAUAUCAGGUGCUGAUUCAUCAUCUUGUUGAUCUAUGCUGCCAUUGCAUGAAAAAUUGGUCAGAUUCACUGAAGAGAAAAGCUAACCUGCACCUAUUACUAGUCUACUAAAAUUUCUAGUAGAACUUUAGCCUUUACCUGAAAAUGUUUAUUCUUGCUUCCCAGACAAUUGAUCCAUAAGAUUGUUGGGUUUAUAUUCUGGUUCCUGUGGCAAUAUGUCCAUUCAAUUGUAAUCUAGCAAGUUAGCCUGUAUCAAUUUUGACAUUAAAGAAAAUGAUCAAUGAAAAAUUUUUGAAGACUCA